ACUAUAUUUCAACAUGCACAAUGGAAAUGGUUAUUAUUUUCAGUUGGCAGCACCAUUAUUUACAUUUUUGAUUUUGAAUUAAUGGUAAUGGUUAAAUUAAAAGUACCGACUAUUAACUAUUUGAAGCCUAUUACGCCAACGAGAACAGAAUAGACCAAUCAGCUACGAAGUCAUCAAAACUUACAGGAAGAGGAGGCUCAGAGGCUGUUGAAUAUUACACAAUAUAAAUUCAUUAUAAUCUCAAUCUUGUUCUUUUUAUACUGUUACUAGUUAAUAUUAUCAAUGGCUGAAACAGCUGAUAUUGUUGAUGAUUUCUAUGGUGUAUAUUUAUUGUAUAAUUUAAAUCCAAAAUACAAAGGACAUACUUACAUCGGCUAUACAAGGGAUCCAAACAGAAGGAUAAUGCAACAUAAUAGAGGAACAUGGGCAGGAGGAGCUUACCGAACAAGUAAUAAAGGACCAUGGAAAAUGGUGCUGAUAGUACAUGGGUUCCCCAAUAAUAUUUCUGCUUUAAGGUUUGAGUGGGCAUGGCAAAAUCCAAAUAAAACAAUUAGAUUGCAACAUCUCCACCUUAAGAAAAUACCACGAAAAGAAACAGAAGUACAGUUUCAGAUAAGAGUGCUAACAGAAAUGCUAAGGGUUGGACCUUGGUAUCGUCUACCAUUGACUAUACAAUGGCUAGAGAAAGAUUUUUAUCAAGAAUUUCCUUCUGAAAGGAGAGCUCCUGGUCACAUGAAAAUAUGUUUUGGUGAGGUAAAGAGCAGGAAUAGAAAAACAAUUAAUGAUACAAUUAAACCGACAGUGAAAUGUAAAUUAUGCCAUGAGUAUAUCAAAGGUAAGGAGCUGAGAUGUCUUAAUGAAAAUUGUGGCUUAGUGUCGCAUUUGCCAUGUUUGGCUGAGCUAUUUCUGAUUCCUGGAGAAUACAUACCAAUACAGGGUAAUUGCCCAUUCUGUAGCAUGAUGUUGCAAUGGGGAGAUCUCAUUAAAAAAAUGAAAGGGUUCAAUUCACACUCGGAAGUGAAACCUGAUGGGGGAAGUGAUAGUGAUGAUGAUGUUGUUUGUACUCAGGAUAAGGUCUACGUUGACAAUAAUUCAUGGUUUCUUACUUGCGAUAAUGAUAUUUUGUGACACUGUAAUAAAAUUUUAAAUAGAAUAAUUAUGCAAGUAAUAUAAAGUUCAAAAUAAUUCUUCUAAUCUACAUAACCUAACUUCAAAAGUCAAAAAUAUUUUUAACAAUAUUUAAAAAUAUAGAUAUGGGAAAAUGGCCAAUGUUCUUUAGCUGCUUCAUACGAAGAUGUCUUCCAAAAUUGGUCCACCAGGAUACACUACCUACGGCGGAGUCGCGGCGGCCAUUUGGCUGAAAUUAUUCCAUACAUCUAAAUCAUCAUUAAAUUUUACCAUACAAAAUGUCAUCGAAUAUCCUUUGAAUAAAAAUAAAAAUUGUGGAAAUAUCCAUUA